CUGGCUCACUUUCCACCGGCUUGUCUUUGUCGGAAGUUGGAACCCAUGUCGACAGACAUUUCACAUGAACUUCCUUCCAAGGAUAUAUGAAUUGACAGAUUGCCGCAAGAGCAAUGUGGGUUAUAGUGGGCUUUCGAUGCACAUGUGCACGCAAAUGCUCUUUGCUGGCUAUUCUUCGACAGGUUCAUCCACGCCGUUAAGCAUGAAGAUGUAUUCUGACACGUUGACCCGCGGCUUCGCUGUGUUGUACACCACUCUACACCAAAGCACGAGGUAACUGGAGCAUCACGUGCGCAUCAUGUUCCCGGUUUAUACCAGCUAUAGCUAUGAGUACGUAUGAAUCCUCACAUGAAAAAUGUUUUGCCUUCAUUUCAGUGCAUCCGAGCAGCCCUAAUGUGUUGUGUGCUUGAUACGAUGCUUUCAUUUUCUUUGACAUGAGUCCUUGGGAGACAAGAUUCCUAUAAAAGGACUGCGUUCACAACCAGCUGAAUCAAUGUGUAAAAGACAAGAGCAUAAUGACAUUUCAUACGACGAGAUAAAACAAAUGAAUUUAAAUUGGAAUUGAAAGACUACAUUUUCUUAAUUAAAGCCUUGCUAAUAAUGACAUUCGUUAUUUACCGCUUUAAGACUUUUCGGCGUAAUCUCAAAUAAAUGGCUUUGCAGGAGCUGUGUGGUUUACCAGGUUCCGCGCGUAGCCUCUCUCGCGGUCUCCCCCAGAACGACGCCUCGCUGCUUCCGAGAGACGAGGCCAGGAGUAGCUCCUCGGAUACCUGGACUUGGAGACCCACAAACCCCCCAUUAAGCUUCUACAUACCUGUAGCAGACUACCUGGAAGAGAGCCCAUUACAUUUUGGCCAAAUCCGUUCCUCUCCUCCUCCAGGCUCCUCCACGACACCAGACUCCAUCCUCUCAGCUCUCUCUCUCCCCCUCAGCCUCCCCCCUUUCUCCUCCUCCCCCUCCGUCCCCCUGCCCUUCCCCCUCUCCCAUGGCACCACCACGCUUGCCUUCCUGUUCCAAGGCGGGGUGAUCGCGGCGGCCGACACCAGAUCCAGCUGUUCGGGCCUGGUCGCCUGUCCAGCCUCCCAGAAGAUCCUCCCGGUCCACUCCCAUCUGGUGGGCACCACGUCGGGCACGUCUGCCGACUGCGCCCUCUGGAAGCGGAUCCUCUCCAGGGAGCUCAGGCUGUACCAGUUGCGUCACGGCCGGAGGCUGUCCACAGGGGGCGCCGCUAAGCUGCUGGCCCACAUGCUGCACCCGUUCAAGGGGACGGAGUUGUGUGUGGCCGCCACGCUGUGCGGCUGGGACGGGGGGGAGGUGGAGGCCUGCCCUCUGCACGAGGCGGAGGCAGUGGAGGCAGGAGGAGAGGCAGUUCAAGAGGCGGGUGGGGAGGCAGCGGAGGCAGGUGCAGAGGCAGGCAGGGAGGCAGUUUCUGAGGCAGUGGAAACAGGACCGGAGGUGGUGGAGGCAGGUGGAGAGGAAGUUUCUGAGGCAGUGGAGGCAGGUUUGGAGGCAGACAGAGAGACAAGCCCAGAACCAGGGUCAGACAACAGCAAGAGUGACCACAAGAGACCCCGAACAUCCCUCCCCUCCACGCCCGUAGCCUGGAGGAAGAGCCAGUGUCUCCGCCCCUCCACCAGAGGGCGCCAGUGCACUGCUGGAGGCAGGCAGGGCUUCUCAGGGCCCAGCCUGUACUACGUGUGCAGCGACGGCACCCGCCUGCAGGGGGAGCUGUUCUCCGUGGGCUCCGGGUCGCCCUACGCGUACUCGGUGCUGGACGGCCAGGUGCGCUGGGGCCUGAGCGUGGGCGAGGCGGUGGUCGUGGCCAGGGAGGCCGUGUUCAGAGCCACGCACAGGGACGCCUACUCUGGGAACUGUGUGGACCUGUACCACGUGACCGCGCAGGGCUGGACGCGCAGGCAGAGGGAGGAACUAAAAGAGGAGUACUACAGGGAGAAAGAGGAGAGAGAGAGAGAGAGAGAGAGGGGGGGG